GAGCGGGAACGAGAAGAGAGGGAACGAGAAGAGAGAGAGGGAACGAGAAGAGAGAGGGGGAACGAGAAGAGAGAGAGAGUGAGAGAGAGAGGAGGAUGAGUGUGUACACUCUGAACCUGCGGGUGUUCUGGCCUCUGUUGACCUGUGUGUUGACAUGUCUGGUUUUCCACCAUCACAUAACCCACUGGCUAAGCCCAGAAUCAGGCCCAGAAUCAGGCCCCGAUCCUGGGUACGAGGCUGGGACAGAGCCCUGCUCUGACCAGGGCCCUCCUGUCUUUUUCUCACUCAUCAAACUACUGCUGGCCUGUGUCCUCUGCUACCUCUUCAUAAGGUACUGCUCCACCCACCCAGGGGGGCCCCAGAGGGUGCCUCUCGAGGCCGCUGACGGGGCUCUGAAAUCGGGUUGGUCUCGUCGAGAGGUCCUGGAGGACUACUACGAGCGCUGGGUGCGUCUGUCUCCUCACGUCCUGGGGCACAGCAAGGCCCACGUGGCCAAACUGGUCGGGGAGCUGGUCAGAGCCGGACGUGCCACUGGAGGUAUCCCAGAGUCCUCUCUGGCGUUCCGGGGAGACUUCCUGCAGGUGGGCAGUUCAUACGAGGAGCACAAGGUGGGCGCUCCAGACUACUAUGACAUCCUGGUACCUCUGAAGAUACCCCGAGAACUCAGACUGGAGCCACGAGUAUACAGGGGGGAGAGGAGGGGGGAGGAGAAGAAGGAUGAGAGAGGAGAGGAGAAGGGGGAGGGCAAGAGGGAUGUGAGGGGGGAGGGGAAAAAAGAGAAGGGGGACAAGAGAGCUGAGGAAAAUAACAAGAGGGUGGAGGUUAUAGAGAAUAGGAGAAAGUCAGGGAAGGGGGAGGGCAAGGAGGAUGUGAGGGAGCAGAGGGGGGAGGUUAAAGAGAAUAGGAGAAAGUCAGGGAAUAGGGAGGGCAAGGAGGAUGUGAGGGAGCAGAGGGGGGAGGUUAAAGAGAAUAGGAGAAAGUCAGGGAAGGGGGAGGGCAAGGAGGAUGUGAGGGAGCAGAUGGGGGAGGUUAAAGAGAACGGGAGGAGGUCGGGGAAGGGGGAGGGCAAGGAGGAUGUGAGGGGGGAGAGGGGGGAGGUUAAAGAGAAAGGGAGGAGGUCGGGGAAGGGGAACAUGAUGAGGGUAAGAAGCAAUAAAGUGAAAGUCUUGAAGGACGACAGCAAGGUGGAGGAGCAGACAGAGGUCCAAGAAGAAGGGAAGGAAGUCUUGAAGGACGAGGUGAAGGAAGAGAUGAAAGGGGAAAGCUCAGAGGACGGUGGGUGGAGCGGCGUGCCGCGGUGCAGUCUAGAGACGCCUCGCCGUGGGGACUGGCUACGAAAACACCGCAACUUCACUGACACCUUUUUACGAAUGCACCCUUCUCGGGGGUUGCCCGAAAGGUCAUCGAGCUCAUUGUCAGGGGUCACGGCAGUGUCAGGAGAAGGAGGAGGAGGAGGGGGCGGAGUCUAUCGCCUGACCCCGGACUCCGUCCUCCGUUGGUUCUACCCGGCGGUCCAGCGUUGCCUAGCAACCGUGCGCUACCCUUUCGAGCAGCGCUGUACGCUGAGUCUGGCACUCGCCGACGACCGUGUGCAGCUCCGCCUCACACCGCGUUCCGACUACGUCUGCUGUCACAUCUCCAUGGCAAUACGGCUCCUCCCUGCCAUCCCCCUCGGAGACGGGAUCUACCUGGUUCCCAUGGAAACGACGGCCUCAGCGGCGAUGUCAAAUACAGACCAGCACCAGAACCAGCAGAGCGAUGAGAGGGACCUGUGGACUUUGUUCUUCCCCCGCCAGGAGCAGCGUCUGCUGGGCUGGCUCCGUGGCCGCUCACCACAGCCCUCCUGCCACCUCAAGGUGCUCCAGCUGACCAAGGCCCUGCGUGACCUGGGUGGCCAGGCACUGGACAGCCACCGGGGGGCGCUCUGGAGGUCAGUCCUCUCCUCCUACACGCUGAAGACGGCCUGGCUGCGUCUGCUACUCAGCUCUCCUGCAGAGGCCUGGGAGGAUCGCCACCUGGUGGCCAGGAUGGAGGAGCUGGUCCGCAGCCUGAGGGAGAGCCUCCAGAACCGGGCUCUGGAUCACCUCUUCCUGGGGAGCGACAGCAGCUCCAUCUUACCUGACUCUGUGGCUCUACCUAAGUUGGUCAAGGAGGCGGUGGGAGCUCCAGUGGGGGGUCCAGUGGAAGGUUCAGGGGGAUGUUUGGGGGUUCGACGGGGAACCUCUGGGCAGGUGUGGACCCAGCCUCGUUGGACCUAGUGUCUGGCCGGUUGGCGUAUGCCUGGAGCCAUCUCCACCGGCUGAUCAGGUUGGGCCGACCCCAGAGGAGUAGCUUGGGGCUGGGAAGGGCAGGCAACAUAAACUGCCAGCAUCUGCAACCUGGAGAAUAACACACUUAAAAGGAUUACAGGUGAAAACAGACAGAUACAUAGACAGACGGGAUGGAGGAAACACCAGGCUCCAGGUGAAAACAGACAGAUACACAGACAGAUGGGAUGGAGGAAACACCAGGCUACAGGUGAAAACAGACAGAUACAUAGACAGACGGGAUGGAUGAAACACCAGGCUACUUGGACAUCCAAUGGUUGUACAGGAGCUACUGGUCUAGAAUAAAAUGAAAGCCUAAAACCGUGAUGGGAUGUUCUCUGAGUCAUCCCUCUUAACCAGUCACGAAUGGAAAUUAUAGGGAAUGUGUGAAUUUGUAAUUUAUGAAUUUGUAAUUUAUGAAUUUGUAAUUUAUGAAUUUGUAAUUUAUGAAUUUGUAAUGAAUACAUGUGGAAUUUUUCCCUGGUACCUAAUGAAUGAGGUUUCAUUCAUAACCAGAGUGAUUGUAUGUCUGCUUCUGUCUGUGUCCCUAUUGGAACCCUAUUCCGUAUUUAGUGCACUACUUUCCCAUAGGACUCUGGUCCAAAGUAGUGCACUAGGCAAUAGGGUGCCUUUUGGGAUGCACUUCUGUGUUCUGUGCUGUAUGUAUUAUCAGGCAAUGUAACAGCAGGGUACACUCCCAGUUCAGAGACAGACAGUAUAACAGCAGGGUACACUCCCAGUUCAGGGACAGACAGUAUAACAGCAGGGUACACUCCCAGUUCAGAGACAGACAGUGUA